GUGGCACGGUCGGCGGCGGUCGUCUGAACCUGCACCUUCGUCCUUGCGGAGGCGGCGGUGGCGGCGGCAGCAUCGCCGGAAGUGACAGCGCUUCGGAUUACCCGCCAAGUGCUGCGGCAGCAAGGAGCAGGGAAGCGGCGGCGGCGGCGCUGCACGCGGCAAGAACCCUGUUGGGCGCGGGGGUGGCCAACCCUUGCUCGCCCACCCCCGAACCGCCCUUCUGGAAGAUGCCACAUAAAGAGGAGGACUUGAUGCACGGGGGUGGUGCGGGUAUUGGCGGGGGUUCUAUGGUCGGACAGAACUCAAUAUUUGGGUGCUCGGCUGCAGGACAUAGCGGGGUUAACCAGCUUGGCGGUGUUUACGUCAAUGGCCGACCAUUGCCAGACUCUACAAGGCAGAAGAUCGUCGAAUUGGCCCACAGUGGUGCUAGACCAUGCGACAUCUCGCGAAUACUGCAAGUCAGCAAUGGAUGUGUUUCCAAGAUACUCGGCAGGUAUUACGAGACAGGCUCGAUCAAACCACGCGCAAUUGGAGGCAGCAAACCACGCGUGGCGACCACACCGGUAGUUAACAAAAUCGCCGACUACAAACGUGAAUGUCCGUCGAUUUUUGCUUGGGAGAUUCGUGAUCGACUUCUGCAAGAGGGUGUUUGCAAUAAUGACAACAUACCGAGCGUAUCGUCCAUCAACAGGGUGCUGAGGAACCUGGCCUCGCAAAAGGAGCAACAGGCGGCAGCGGUACAAGCGCAUCAGGGUGCCGAGAGUGUCUACGAUAAGCUUCGGAUGUUCAAUGGCCAGGCUGCAGGUUGGCCCCCGGCAUGGUAUUCCGCUACGCCCUCUCAUCAUCCCCUGGCCACGGGAAUUCCAACGGCGGCAACCCCCGGUUCUGGACAGUCCUUGCUACCAGGCAGCCAACUUCACGGUCGCGACGACUCCUUGUUGAAACGAAGCGACACCGGUUCUUUGUUGUCGCAUCAGCAAGAAACAACGUCGGAUGGCAAUUCGGAGCACAAUUCGUCCGGCGACGAAGAUUCGCAAGUUCGGCUGAGGUUAAAACGGAAACUGCAACGCAACCGAACGUCGUUCUCCAACGAACAGAUCGACAGCCUGGAGAAAGAAUUCGAGCGGACACAUUACCCGGACGUGUUUGCACGGGAGCGUCUCGCCGAGAAGAUUGGAUUGCCUGAGGCACGUAUCCAGGUGUGGUUCAGUAAUCGCAGGGCGAAGUGGCGUCGAGAGGAGAAAUUACGGAACCAAAGGAGAGCAGCCGUCGAUCAGGUAGUCGGUGGCGGCAGCAGCGGUGGUAGCAGCAGUACCGCACCCCCGGCUGCAACCCCUGCAACACCACGGUUACCCUUAAAUGCUGGAUUCAACGCCAUGUACUCGUCGAUACCGCAGCCGAUCGCUACGAUGCCCGACACUUACAGCUCGAUGUCAAGCAGCUUGGGCGGGUCAAUGGGUGGAAGCUGUCUUCAGCAACGCGCCGAGGGAUAUCCAGCGUACGUGUUCCACGAGCCACUUCACUCGUUGACGCAGUCUUACUCCCACGCACACAGCACUGCUGCGCACUCGCAACCCCAUCGUGGUAUACCGACCUCUCAUGGUGGAACCCCCACUACACCCGGAGGACAGCCUGCAGGACCAGGUGGUGCGCCCUACCAACCGACGACCUCGACCGCUACUGGUGUGAUAUCAGCUGGCGUCUCGGUGCCGGUACAGAUCCCAUCGCAAACCCCAGACUUGACCGGCAAUUAUUGGCCGAGGCUCCAGUGAUCCCAGCUCUUCGGGUUCCCGCCCGCGAGCUUGCUCGUCGGGCAGGAGAGCCCGCCACCACCGACAGCCACCCCUGGUGCAGUGCCCCGGCCGCUUCUCGCGUCCCUCGGCAUACCAACGCAGCCACCACCGCACCAACCAUCGAACACCCCGGCUACUACUCCCGUGCACAACUCCGACACCAGUGAGUGAACCACCGAUCAAUCUCUCUGAACGCUCUCUUUCUCUAAAUUUCGGAGAUGAUGGUUCUCGCGCGUACGGUUACACGACGACGACGUCGCGUCGCGUACCAUCGGUUCGUCGCCGUCCGACGAAUCGUUCACCUCGAUCACUGCGACAACGAAGACACGCGUCCGAUGGUGAACCUAGGAGUGAGACACGAGAUUCGUCAUUCGAGUGCUUAACUUUCGAACGACGGUGACAGGGUCAACGUGACCCGCACCUUCGAAACGUGUAAAAAGGAAAAUUUAGAAAAUCAUCAAGGAUUCGGCUCCGUCAUCCGAGGGUUAAUAUUAUGGAAAAAGGUAAGAUGGUAUCAGUUGUGUCGCUUGUUCGAUGAUUUGGUUCGAAUGUAGAUUAUUAGUUUUAUUUAGAUUCUUCAGCAAAGAAACAAAAUUGAGCGAUUAUUUUGAUUUCUACUUUAUUUAUCUCAUUUGUUUAUUCCUGUUGCCACAGCAGAGAAAAAUAUUUCCUGAAUAUAAGAUUGCUUUAUCGAAUCAAAUUUCUUAUUAAAGAUGUUUCCGACUACUAAAAGUUCUUGUCGAUAGCGGGAAGAUUAAACGAAUGGAGUUCAGAAACCUGUUAAAGAAACGAUGCAACAGGAGUUUAAAAAAAAAGAGAAAGGACGAAGCGUUAACGAGCCUGCUUUAAUUCGAUUAAUUACUCUCUGGAAGUUCGCCAAAUCUCACGAAACGAGCUGACACCACUGAUCGCUACUUUCGCUGACCGAAAAACAACAGCACACCUGCGCUCAGAAUUUACGAUUAUCGUUCCCUUGAUUCGACCGAAACAAAUCCGAAUGGAACUUUAAUUUUCUCCACCCUUGGUGCUUUUCAUCGACGAUAAUCGCAAGUUCUGUCGUCGUUCGACGUGACGGAAAACAAACAUCUCCGCGAAUCUCAACGAAUCUUCGACUCGCUAAUUAUGUGGAAGUCAUAGACGUAUACGCAUGACCCGGGUCACACAGGGUAUAUUAUCCAUCUACUCACGACAGUGUACAAAAAUCAAGAUCACCUAAAACGUUCGUUAGACGAUCCAACAUGUGAUUCUCAUUCUAUGUAAAAAGGAAAUAAAUGACUAAUAAAUGGCUAAUAAAUUGUUUUCCUUUUCGAAUCGACAAUUUGUAACGCUUUAUCGAGCUUUCUCCUCGGCGCUUUCCUAUACGCAUGACAGCCGUGAAUCGCGUGGAAAUUUCGAGGGAUUCGAAGACAGGGUAGGCGGGUUCCCGCUGCAAAUAUUCUCGCGAGACUUUGGGGUGGCUGGCAGCCUUUGUAAGAGAGGGAAGCGCGGGGAUUGAUAGCUGCCUGGAGGGUGGCUUUUUUCGCUGGCCGGCCAUCACGCUUAUUCGCAGAUAUGGCGUCGACUGACAACCUUCUUCGAACCUGAAACUUCGCUCUUCCUGAGUGUUCUGAACUUUUCUUUCCUCCGCUUAAGAAUGACAAAUUUGCCAUAACUGUUUGCUUCGAUAUCACUCUAGAUUUAACUCCUAAUUAUUUAUUUCCAGCUACUCAGAAAAUGAAAAUUCAUUCUAAUAAAUUUUGAACAAUGAUGAAAGAAAAAUGAAGUGUUAAUCGUUAUCCAGUUGGAUCGUCUUACGAACGGUGUUCAAGAGGCUGAUGAAUCCUCGCGUAAUCCCAUUAAAAGUCGACCCUCUUUCUCCCAGACUUCACGAACGGUUCAAAGAUAGCAUGGCUUUUUAGAAAAGCGUGUUUCUCUCGAGCUUCGCCUCGGAACCGAUUUUCCAUCAGCUACUCUCGUAAACACACUCGCACGUUGUACAUUUUCCCCGGCACACAGACGAUCGUAACAUCCUUUGGUCCAACCCACGCGAUUCUAGAUUAAGACAAUCCAAACCGUAGCUGGUAACGAAAGGAUAUUUCCUCUCGGGUCGAUCGUCGUUUGACGAGAAAUUUCCGUGGAACGCGACGUUUCCGCGUUUCUCAUCCGAGACGUUGAGAAUUAAAAGCGUCAGACCGACGUUCGCGUCUUACGGAACAAUGUAAUCGUUAAUUCAAAUCGAGGAACAGUUUCGAUUACGUCGCGACAAUGAUUGUCAAAAAUAAAUAAUUUGGUAACACGCAGGCUGUACCUCUGUAACAGCCUCGUAAGUAACGAUCGAACCACGUUCCUUCGAUUCUUUGUAUAAAGACGAUUGUAAAAUAGCAUUUGUUACUCUCCUUAGCUUGUAUUGUACAUUAGAAAGAAUAUCGUCGACACGCUGGUGUAUAUACGUCUAGGUAAUAAGCGAAGACGGUAAUUUCGGCACCGUUCGAUCGUAUCAUUUCAUAGAGAUGAAACUCUUCACUUGCAAACUCUCUUUGCCUGUAUAUUCGAUGUUCUCCCUUGAACAACGUACUUACGAACUUUCACACGACGUUUAACACUUCGACUAUUACGACGGAGAUUUACCGAAACUUCAGUACAAUCAAUUUUAUUUUUUAACGAAUCUAAUUUAUUUCCUUUCGUACGAAUCAUUUCGCAGUGAACGUGUUAAACGUGUGGUUCGAAAGUUGAUACAUUUAUUCGCUCGUUCUUUCCAACACGGAGUCACUGUAUGCCGCAAAUAUAUCGCACGUUUCGCGCGUAGUUUCGAAACGAAUUUUUAAACGACUAAUCAACGAACAAAUUCGAAACAUGAAUUUUGGAACGAAAUUCACUGAAGCUGGUUUAAUUCGCUCCACGGAAAUUGUAUCAACAAUUUCACGGUACUUAAAGGACAGAAAACGAAAAAAAGAAUCAUUCGAAAUAUCUUUUUCUAUGGUGUGAAUCGGGUCUAGCACGGUGACGAAACGAGGGUUCAAAGUUUUCAGGAAAAUGAAUUUCCACGGCAUCCGACCACAAAUACACGUACACCGAGUAUCGCGAAGGUGGAAAAAAUUACGGUACAGGGUAAUUUGAUAGGUAUAUAUAUAUAUAUGCACUACCUCAGACAAGGCUUUUUACGCGAUAUAAAAUUUCUAAUUAAUCGCAUUAGCGUUAAAAGGAAAGGGGAAAAACGGAGGUGACGGAAGAACGCAAGCGCGACCGCGAAAACCACUCGAGAUUUUCGUCGGUCGAGUUGCAUGUAACGCAACCACAUACACACAUUACCGCAUACAACACACAAAGUUGGGUCGACUCGUCGUCCGUUUGACGCAGUUCUUCGCGCGAUAACGACCCCUGUAUGAAAAGCGACGCGUGCUUCUCCCUCUGUUUUUCCCUCGGUUUGUUUCGUUUGACUACUCGCGCGCGACUCGUGCCCGCUGUUGUAGUCGAUUAAACUCGGUCGCUGAUUCGUACCUGAUUCGAGAAACACGGCGUUUAAAUCGGUGACUCCGAUCCACUGAAUCUCCCUCUCCUCUGUAGCAACCUGUCUAUCCGUCAUUCAACAGCUUUGUCGUCUCAGGACUCUUUGGACGCGUACAGACACGUGUUGCCUUACAUUGUAACAUAUGCCGCAUACUGUAACAUAUAAUUGAUUGUUUCGACUGUUCGUAAAUGAAGCAUAAGUGGAUGAAAUGAAAUUUACGUUAAUAGGUGUCUGUACGCGGUUUUAGAUCACGCUUCUUUCCCCUCUUACGCCAUGCGCACACAUCCAGUCACAGCCAUAACGUAUAUGAAUGUUACAGACAGUCAAGCAACCGUUUAAUUAGAUUUCGCGAUUCGAUCGCCGGUACACGGUUCGGAAUGAGUUUUCGCGAAUGAAUGCUGACCAAUCGCGUAAGGUCGCAGUGUAGAUAAACAAACCAUAACGAUUUGUCCGCAAUCGAUAGGGUAAUUAACGAACGAUUGCGCGGAGUCCUGGUUUCCCGGAGACAAGACGGAUGCACGGAAGAAAGAACGAUGCGUUAAUAAACGAUGCUCGCCUCUUUCGCGAACCGUUGUCCCCUGGCACGACAACGUUUCCUUGCGACGUCGACACCCGACAGCUGGUGUACCAAUUCGUCUGAACGUUUUCUACGACGAACGGGAGAAUUGUACUUGUACAUUAGUAAAUUUAUAUUUUUGGAUGAACAUGGGAAAAAAGAAAAGAACAAUGCAACCACGUGGACGAACGUACCGCAAUUAGAAGAAGAAAUCUUUCGCGGAUCUAUACGAGCACACCAUUUUGGCUUGCCACCAUUUUGACUCUCCAUCGUCGAGAGGAUCUCGACAUCGAGGUCCUACACUUCGUUCGAAUCCGCAUAACGUGCCACUUCCGCGUUGACACCAUCGUCGAGAACCAAAAAUAAUUCUCCUUUCGAGGUAUGCUUCAAAAUUAGCUUACUAAUUUUUCUUCCUUUCUCUGCAAACAAUCGUUUCAUUUCUAUCGACUUCAUUUGCGCACAAUUCAUUCCGGGUGUCUGCCCAGGUUUUGCAAUAUUGUUCAAAUAUCAUCUGAUUGUUCAAAUAUUAUCUGAUGACUUUAUGCUUUAAAAUUGUUGACAAUUUUCCAUAUCGACCCGUGACGCGGAAGUGGUUACGCAAGUUUUCUUAUUAUCUGUAAUAAUAAUACUAAUAACGAAUACAGUGUAUGAGUAUUAACAAAUUUAUUAAUGAAAAUAAUAUAUUAUUGCGAUAGUAAUCUACGUAAGUGUUGUGAAUAAUGAAGAUAAUAUUGUUGCUGUGAUUAUCUUUAAGAUUGUAAGUAGUAGGAUAUAGAACCACUGUUAGGUGUCACUGUCUCGAUUCAAUAAAUGUUAUUUCAUUUUAAUGACAAUGCAA